UACACAAGUGACUCAUUUUCUACUAAUAUUGAAUGGUAGAUUUACUUUACCUAUAUGCACACGGCUUCUUCUCGAUAAUAAUGGAAUUACUUUAGCGUAACUAAAUAUACUCUUGUAGGUAAACAUGACAUUACAGCCAGACGUGGUUUAAUUUUCAUACUAUUGAAGACCGAUUUGAAUAGCUUUAACAACUUUUGAAAUGUGAUUCAUAUAGUGGGAGAGGUUUUUAUAUGGACUUUUUUUUCCUUGCUUUGUUGUUUAAACAUUGUUUUUUAAAAAAGAAAGUGAAAUGUAGUUGACAUGGAUAUAAAUGGAUUUUAAUUCUUGUGGAUGAAAUCUAAAGGGUUGAAAUUUUAGUGAUCGAAUGAGUGACAAAGAGCAUCAUGGGAAAUAACAAUUCUCAUCAAACUCCGCCUCCAUCUUCAAUAGAUGUUGUUCGAAGGCCACCAAGCAGACCUGAUGCCCCGCCCAGUGCAAAACUCACAAGUGAACUGGGCCCAAGGGGGCCAAGCUACCACAGCCCUGAAAACCAGGUGCUACCCAAGGAGCUACCUUCCAUCCUUAAACUUAGACCUGUUUCUAUGGAAAUAAGAAAAUACAACCCUGAUUAUCAAGAUAUUUAUGGUGAGGAUAGCAAGGAAAACCUUGAUAACAAUGAAAAUCAAAUUGAAAUGAACGGAGACAUAAAUGAGGAGUUAAAACAAAGUUCCCCACCCCGGCCUCCUCCCCCUAUUCAAAAUGGUCACAUUCCAUCAAAUACUCCUACUUCACCUGUAUCACAAUUGCCUAAUGGUCAUCUACAAGCACCUGCAAAACCUUCAACCAGUAAUGUAAAGACUCCAUACAGACCUAGUCAUCGUAGGCAAAUGUCAUUAGGACAGGAACAUACUAUUAUGGAAGAGCCAGAGGAAACUAUUGAGUCACGUGUUAAACUUGACCCAUUGAUGCAGUCAUUUCCUGGUGCUACUGGACCUUCACUGCCUGUGAAGAAUAACUUCAAUCUGGAUUAUUCUUACCAGUUGACAUAUGUUCAGCUUGCAGAACACAGAAGAAAUAAAACAAUAGAGGAACUUGAGAAAAGAACUGGUAAGAGAUUAAGUGAUCUAAGUGCAGACUUAAGUGAACACAUAGAGAAGCCUGCUUUUAUGAGAGAUGCUCCCUCUAGAGUGUCAUCAAGAAGUUCAGGGAGUGGUGUGAGUAGCAAGAAAAAGAAAGCCCCUCCUCCUCCUGGGCAAGCUCCGCCUCCUCCUCCUGUAAAUCAUCAGCCUUAUUCUGUAGAUAAUGAGCCUCCUAUUGAUUAUGACAUGGAGUCACCUAGAAGGCCGGCCCCUUCGUCUGUUGUCUUGCCAACACAUUCUACUCUUCCACCAGUUUCGAGAGUUUCACCUUCUGUUAGUAAGGUGCCUCCUCCACCACCACCUCCCCCUGGCUCAUCACCAAGGAAACCAGUUGUAAACCUGUCAAGGACACCAAGUAUGUCUAAUGGUACACCAGAAAUUAUCUUGAGAAAAACACCAGAUGUGAAACCAAUAUCAAAGGAGCAAGAUGGAUCUGAUGGUAAAAUACCAUGGUUACUUGAAAUUAAAAACCUCUCUGAAGCUAGGGCUUCUCGAAGGCAACAGUCCUUUGAAUCAUUUGAAACACCUGAAAUACCACAAACUAAUGAUACAUUAAAUGAUGUGAAUGAAACCGAAAAUAGUUUGAAAGUAGAAAAUAAAGAGCCUGUCAAGCCAAAACUUAUCUUUGAAAGUUCAUCCCAAUCCUUUGAAAUUAAGCAAGAAAAUGCAGAAAAGACUGAUAAAAAAGAAAUGGAAACUUCUACUGCAACUGUUGAAAGGAGUAGUUCAUUUAAAGAGACAGAAAAGCCACCAGCUUCUAAACUGAUAAGACACCAUUCAACAACAGGAUAUGAUCAUUCAACAGCUGGAAGCCUUCAGAGACAAACAUCAGAACCAGCAAAACCUGUAACAAGUGACCCUGUUAGGAGGUUAAGCUCACUUUUGCAACAUGACAUCAAAACUGCUGCAAAUGCAAAGUGUCACAAAAUCAAAAAGCAGACAACACCUGUCCCACCAAAACCAAAAGAUCCUCACACUAUUUUUCGUGAACAGCUUCAGAAGGCAGCAGCUGCUAGGGAUGAGAGAGCAAAAUCAGAAGGAACUAUUGACGAGAAACUUAAACUCAAUACAAGUACUGCUAGUUUUGAUUUUGGGGCUGAAGAUCUAGAAGAUGUUCCUAGGUGUAAUACUACACCAAGGAAAGAGAAAACAGAGUCUGUUGUGAAGGAGGGGCCAAGUACUCUUCCAAAACCUCCAAGGUAUCAUAAAAAUGUGACUCGUAAUUCAUCUUACACCAGAGUUCAAUCUCCCAGGGAAUUAAGAGACAGGCAAGCGGUGUCUAUGUCUCUUGAUUGGACACCAGAAGUAGAUCUGGAUUCAGAUGAUAAUUUAUCUGAUCGUGAGGUAAUGACAAAGAGACAUAGCUCAAUAGAUGGAUUUAAAUCCACAAUUAUACCUAAUGCAAUGACUGAUAUGAAAGCUAAAAAGAAAGGAAAAGGAAAGAAGAUUCAGAAAGACAGCAGUUUUUCUGAGGAACAGAACAAGAACAAGUUCGGAAGUGUUAGGAAACUUAAGAAAUCAGUACAUAAAGGUGUUAAGAAUGCCUUUGGUUCCAUAAGCAAAGCUUCUGGAAAAAUAUUACGCAGACAAAAGUCAGAAGAUUUCGAAGCUGUAGAUGAUGCUCCAAAGAACUGGAGCUUGACAGCAAAUGGUAACGGACAAAGUGACCGUUCACAUAAAUAUAAAAUACCUCUUGCUUAUGCACAAGAUGAUGAUUCUGAUUCUGACAUUGAACAGUAUAGACAUGAAAACGAAUUCUCAGAAGUUGUUUUCCGUCAAAAUGGUAGAAGAGACUCGGAAGAGAGUGAAGAUUCUACAUAUGAAAGUGAAGAUAAAGCUCCUCAAAACAUAAGACGGGCUGGAGUUGCUUACAUAAGUGCUAAGGGUCAGUUGGUGCUAAUGAAAGAUGAAGAUGAGGAGGAGAUGUUAGAAAGCAAGCGAAGGAAAGAUAAGAAGAAGAAAAACAAGGAUAGAAGUUUUACUUCCACAGAACGUAGUGAAGAAUUAUGGGAGAAAGAGAGAAAAGUAGAGGAAGAGAGGAGAAAACAGUUAGAAAUGGAGUUAGAGUUGCAUAAGAAGAGAGAAGCAGAGACUAGAGAGAGAUUACAGAGGUUAGAAUCUGCUCAUCUACAGCAACAACUGUUACAGCAGCAGCAACAGCAGCAGCAACAACAACAAAACUUAGGGAUGUUGAGUGCACCUCCACUGCCUCCUGCAGGAAAUUUCACAAGCUAUGGAACUCUUCCAGACCCAUCAAGGGCUCAAACUCAGUCAUUUACAAACAUAUUUGGACAGCAGCUUCCACAGAAUGGGUACCAGCCAAAUUUGGGACUUUAUACACAGACUGGUACAUAUAAUCCAGCAACUGGGAUGCCUUAUGAUUUAAAUGACUACAUGAGAAUGCUUGGGGUACAAUCUCCCCCUACCUCCCAACAAAUGGCAUUCUUCUUAAACAAUAUGACAUUAACUAAUCAGCCAUUUGAUAGAAAAUCAAAUCCAGCUCUGUUUGAAGUUUUCAAUCAACAAUACCCGACUGGGACUUUAAAUUAUCAAGGAAUGGACACUAGCAGCUUAAAGAAAUCUGCUUUUCAGAAUUGGGCAAGUACACCAAAUAUCAAUAUGACAAGUAGUAGUGUAGCAAAUAGUGUUCCUUUGAGUGAUUUUGUUGCAAGUUACAAUGGUGCUAAUAAAACAAACAAUGAAAAGGAGGACGAUAAAAAGAAAUCGCGUAAUCCUUUAUAUGAUAGUGAUGAUUCUGAUAGUGGAUUAUCGCCACAAAAAUCUGUGGCGCGUGCACAAGUGAAAGACUAUAGAAAAAUUCCUGUGCGUUCAGAAUCGGGAAAGUUCAUGCAAAAGUAUGGUAGUGAGAGUUAUGUUUCACAAAAUAACCAAGAUACAAAAAGUACCUUUUCGAACACAAAUAAAUCAUUAACAAAUUUACCUUACAAUGAGGGCCUUCCUCAGCAGCAACGAAGUGUGUCUCCUAGCAACAGCGUGUCAACAGUAGACAGUGCCAUGUCAGCUACGUCAGUUACUCUCAGUACACCCUCAUCACCUGCAAGGUCAACAACAGGUGCACCACCUUCACCCACCUUGAUGUCAAGGACACAGAACUCAACACAUGGAUUUAAGACUGUCCUUGACCUAAGUUCACCAGAAGGAGGCUCUAUGCAAAUUAUUUCGACAAAUGGUGACCCAGUCAAGUUAUGAGUGUUUCACCGAGUUAAUCAUUCAUCAUAACCAAUGAUCUGCCUCUAUACUAGUCAUGUGACCAAAGGUCAACAAAGAGUGAUUCAAGGUCAACAUAGUGUCAACUGUUUUCAUGUUCAUGAAACAGCAACAAAAGGACUGUAUUAAUGCAUUUCAUCUGUAAACAAGAGACAUGAACUGAUGAAAAAUGAAUGUGAUAAUGCAUAUGUAAGGCACUGGCGAUGAAAUAUAUAGGUCAAGGUUACGUCAAGGUGACUUUGCAUCUGUAUGCUAAAAAUAGAAUGCUACAAUAAUUGAUAGUAUAUUACUAUUUAUAAAUGAGUGUCAAACCAGAAAUUGCCAAAACUGAAAGAAUAACAUCUGAUAUACUCAAAAAUUGGAAACAAUGAUUUCAUUUCACAGUUACAUUCAGAAAAUUGAGAACAGUUCAAUUACACGAAAAUGUUAAAGAUUUCUUUGACAGCUUUAUGAAAAGACGAAAUGUUCAUAAAUUAUAAAAUUUCAAAUUUUUGUUAACUUUCUCACCUUUAGUAUGACUGCAUGAAACAAGCUGAUUCAGAAAUAAAGAUUUUCUCUAAAUGUCUCUGGGCUUUUUGACAUGUUAAAAAUGGCAUUUUAUUCAAUAUUUUGAGAGAUCAUAAAUUAUAUAUUUUUGUACACCAUAAUGUAUACUAUACACAUCAUCAGAACUAUAUUUAGAAUUUUGUGAUAUAGCUCUAUAUUAAGAAAUAGAUCUGUAGAAAGUUGAUAUCUUUAUAUAACUAAUCUAAAUUUCAUGUUAUCCUGCCAAACUUAUGUAAUAGAUUCAUCCUGCUUAGAUUUUUGCACCAACCAUUGUUAAUUUGUUUCCAUAUCAAAAUCAUGGAUCUCCCAUUAUGCCAAGUGGUUAAGUGGUUGCCAACUGUAAACAAGUUGCCCUCAGGGCUGUUGGUUUAAAUCCCUCGAGGGGCUUCAGAUUCUUUCAUUGAGGUAUGGCUUAAAUCCAGCCUAGCUCAUAUGGAAGCUUCAUGGCUCCACUCUUGUGUCAGUUUGUACGUUAGACACAUGGGCACCUGAGGUCUUCUUCCAACAGUUUAACUUGAAAAGCUUCACAAGACAUUUACAUUUAUAUAUUCAUGUCUUAUUCCUGUAAAAAUUAUAUUUUUCUUCAAGAAUGAAACAACUUAUUUAAUAAUUUAGAAAGAAAAGUGUUUGCAUUCAUAAAUAUCAUCAGCAUUAUUGUCCAUCUUUUUUAAAGAAAAAUGUUCUGUUUAAAAUUCAGUAAAAUUUGAUUUUUUUUUUACAGCUGUUUAAAUUGUCUUCCUCAUUUUAUAGGUAGUAAUGCUACAAGCAAAAAACAGUCCUAUUGUCUAACUUCUGUAGCACUUUGAAUUGUAAAUAUUAAAUGUUUGUAUAGAGUAUGUUUAUGUUAUUUAUCAGGUGCAAAAAUAAACAAGUUUAGUUUGUUAAGUGCUUUUGAUCAAAUUUUAUUAAGAAAAUUCUUGGCCAGUAUGCUGCGGGGAUUCUUUGCUGGGCAAAAUUAUAAAGAACAUUUUUUUCCCUCACUGUUUAUUGUUUUUGUCAUUUUUAAAAGGUUUCAAAAGUAUACAACAUAGAAUUUAAUGUCCUUAAGUAGUUCCUGGUAUGAUUUUUAAUUUCAUUUGUUUAUUUAGACACAUGCAAAGCUAUCAUUUUUCAUUUGAUAAUGCAAUCUUUUGCAAAAAAAGGCGAGGAUUUCUUAAAAGCAUAAGUGCUAGUUUGAUAUUUAAAACUCGGUAAUAUAUUACAAAGUUGUGUGCAAUCGUUGAUAAAAACAUGUUACAUGCUGUGAUCUUACAUAUCAACAAGUACAAUUUGUAAUUGGUAAUAUGGUUUCAUAUAAAGAAAUAUCAUUAUCAGUGUUACUUCCCUUUGUCAAUAUCACAUCAUUUGUAUUAUACUUGAAUAUUAUAGAUAUUGUACAAUUUAAUUAUAUCUAAGCUUUAACUAUUUAAAGUAUUUCUUCUCUGUUUUUAACAUAACCACGCCAAAACAAGUAUAUUUUAAAAAAUAUGUGAAUCAAUUUAUUCUAAAUUAAAUAAAAAUAAUGUAUGUUCACAAGGGUCCCCACAGCUUUAUGUGAAAGAAAAAUGUUACUGUUACGUACUCAGAAAACUAUGUUAUAAAUAUAUAUAUGAUAAUUAUAUAUAGAUACUAUAGAUUUGCAAUAUAUUAUAAUGACUGUUCUUGUUUGUAUAUUGUUAUACAUGUAUUAAAAAAUAUAAUGUAUAUGUUUUUGUAUAUUUGUUACAGUUGUUUACAAAGUCUACUUAUAAAUUUUUGCUUCCAGAGAUCUCGAGGUUUCAUAAAAUAAUAAUUACAGAAUUUAAUUAAGGUAGCUAUUCACUAUUUCAUUAGUAAGAAAAAAACACACAUCAAAUUAAUGUAAAAGCGGUUCCACAUUAUUUUGUUACCUGACAUUAUGUUAGGAUCGACUGGUCUUGUUAUACUGGGGUCUUAAAAUAUCCAGUAUUGAGACAUAAAUAUUUGUCGAUAUGAUUAUAUAUUAUGAUUAUAUUUCUGAAUAUUUAUUUUGGUAUCUAAUUUGCGAUGUUUCAACCUCGGAACUAUCCAUUAAUAGUCUCACCAAUUUCAAUGUCAAGAUAGUUACAUGUAUUAAUCUUGAGAGGUGAUAAGUAUAAAGUGUAGUCAGGCUGCGGGGACGUGCAGACUUGCCCGACUAUGUACUCAUGGCACGUACAAGUCAUAAUUCACACUAAAAUUAUGUCUGAAUAAUUGAGUUUAUUAAUGUACCUAAUACUUAAAAAUUACAUUCUUUAUUGUAAUUUGCAUUGCUUUCUUUAUUUGUAUGUUGUAAACAUUAUAAGUCGUAGAUGAAAACAAAAACAAGACAUUUAAGGUACUAAUUAAAAUGUUUAAGUUUGGAAAGUUGGCAGUUUAUGUAUAGAGAAUGGUUUUUACUGUUUUGAUAUACAUGUAGAUGUUUGAAACAUAUCUUCAUUUCAUCAUUAUUUAGUCCAACUCAUUAUACUAAGAGUCUAAGACUUGAGUUUAAAAAUUUUCAUUUUUUAUUUCUUUUUUAUGUAUGGCCGAUACCUUCACCUUUUCUGACCCUCUACUGAUACAAAUUUGUCUCAAAAUCUGCUCAAUACAUCAAAUUAUUUUAACUUAUAAUUAUAUGUAUGAAAUGGUACAAGAGUCAGCUACUUCGUGAAUUGAAAACUAUAUAUUAAUGGUUUUUCUAUAAUUGUAUAGAAAAAUAUGUACUUCGAGUUUGCGAAGUAAAGCAUUGAAAACAAUCCUCUAGGCACAAUUUUAGUCAUGUCUUUUAAAGACCAAAUUAAAAGCAUUAAACCUUGCAAGUAAGGCCUUGUCGCCGUCAAUUUAACAAAAAAAUGGAUAUUGACUUUUCUCUUAAAAACGUUGUAAACUAUUUUUAUGUCAGUUCACCUUGUAUGAUGAAAGUCAACUUAAACUGUCCACAAACCUGCAUAAAAACCAGCAUAAUUUAAGAUCACGAGCAACUUUUUAUGUGGUUAAUAAUAACUCUAUUUUCAUUUUAUAUGCUUUAGGAAAUUUUGGAGUUUAUCAUUUUGUUAAGAUAAGAAAAAAUGUUGUUGAUUUGAGUUCACUUUUCUUCAUAAAGAAAAUUAGGUUAAUUAAGAUAACUGGAGUCUUCAUGUACACAGAAGGAAAUAAAAUACAAUUAUCUACAUGUAUAUCUAUGUACUUUUAAAAUUUCACAUGAAAAGUUUCAUGUUUUUCAUUCAAAUUAAAAAAAAAGAACUUGAAUAUUUUUGUAAUACCAUUGGCCUAUUUUUAACCAGGUUUUCCGAAGGAAAAAACUGGUUAUUAACCAGGUUUUCCGAAGGAAAAAACUGGUUAUUAGAUUGAGGUAUGUCGGCGGGCGGGCGGCGGAUGGGCGGGCGGGCCGUCUGGGCGUAAACAAUUUCUUCUGUGCGCAACUCCUCCUACAUUUCUCAACGGAUUUUGACCAAACUUUCACAGAAGCUUUGUCAUCAAGUGCCCUCGCGCAUAUUGUCGGGGUUUGCGAUUAGAUAAUAUUUGACCUAAUUAUGGCCCUUUGUUUUUUUUUCCUUAUAUAAAAUAUAUAGUGAACAAUUUCUUCUGUGCGCAACUCCUCCUACAUUUCUCAACGGAUUUUGACCAAACUUUCUCAGAAGCUUUGUCAUCAAGUGCCCUGUCACAUAUUGCCAGGGUUUUGCAAUUGGUAUAUAUUUGACCUAAUUAUGGCCCUUUGUUUUUUUUCCUUAUAUAGAAUAUAUAGUGAACAAUUUCUUCUGUGCGCAACUCCUCCUACAUUUCUCAACGGAUUUUGACCAAACUUUCUUAGAAGCUUUGUUAUCAAGUGCCUGGCACAUAUUGUCGGGGUUUUGUGAUUGGAUAAUAUUUGACCGAAUUAUGGCCCUUUGUAUAUUUUUUCCUUAUACAGAAUAUAUAGAGAAACAAUUUCUUCUGUGCUCAACUCCUCCUACAUUUCUCAACGGAUUUUGACCAAACUUUCUUAGAAGCUUUGUUAUCAAGUGCCUGGCACAUGUUGUUGGGGUUUUGUGAUUGGAUAAUAUUUGGACCGAAUUAUGGCCCUUUGUAUAUUUUUUCCUUAUACAGAAUAUAUAGUGAACAAUUUCUACAGUGCGCAACUUCUCCUACAUUUCUCAAUGGAUUUUGACCAAACUUUCACAGAAGCUUUGUCAUCAAGUGCCCUGGCGCUCACUAAAUUCCCAUGUUUCUUCCAAGACAUCAUUCAAGUAUUUUUUUAAAAUUGUGAACAUACUUUUCUUGAUAUCGCACAAAACACCACACGCCAAUAUUGUUGACAAAAGAAAAUGACAAGAGACGCAAAAAUGCAAAAAUUAAGCAAAAAUAAAGUACUGUUUACCUUUCUAAAAUAUUUGGGAAAAAAAGGCGAAUAGACAACAUAAAAUUUCUCAAUCAUUUUUGUUUGAGGAAUAUUAAAAAAGCCAUAAUUCCUCCUAAAAGUUCAAUUAAAAACAAAUGCCCCUUCAUGACAAAGCUUCUGUGAAAUGUUUUGCUGAAAACCUGGUUGCAUCGCAUUGCGAUGUUCCUUGUUUUUUUUUAUCUCUUUGAUGUUUUUUUUCCCAUCAAUUGUGUCAUAAUCAUUCUUGCAAAUUUGCCAUUUUUUCAUUCACAGGUUUAUAAAAGUAACCAAAUUUUGUUUUACUUUAAUUUCCUAUUUUUCUCUCAAGAACUUCAUCACUUUAAUCUUGAACCAUUUUUUUCUACCUCAGACAUUUCUUGUAUCAUUUACAACAGGUUUUAUCUUCCAUGAUAAUAUAAAUAAAAGAAGUAUGUGACAUUAGAAUGUUGAAAUUAUCAUAUAUUUUACUGUUUACAUUUGUCUUGUCACACACAACAUAAUGUUCCUUCAAAUGGCAAAAUUACUGUCCAAUUAAUCUAUAUCAUUUGUAAAAUUUAUUUUUGAAAAAUACUCCAUUAAUUGAUGGCGUGUUCUGACAAAGAAACUCCAAACUUUUGCCGAAAUUCACAGAGCUCUAUAGGGUUCCUCUGCCUUAAGUUCAACCACAGACUUUAAUUAAAGUGACCACCACUAUAUUUAGAAUCAUCUACUCUAGACAUGUACUCUUAAGCCAUUUAAUUGUAUUUGUCAGGAAAAAUUCAGGAAACAUAUUAUUUGUACAUUAUACAUACAUUCAUUCUAUUCUUGCAAUUGUUUUCUCGUUUUUUUUUACAUGAAAAUAUUUUGAUAUGCUGUCAACAUCAAACAUUUGUACUUCAUCUUUAACUAUCGGAGUGUUAACAAUAACAUGUACUUGUGUUUUGUUGGACUUUUUAGGUGAAUAAUAUUUAUUCUUUUGAGAGUCAUUGUUUUUCAUGAAUGAUAUGUUAGAUUUUAUAUCUGCUUUAAAGGUAAAUCUCAUUAUUAAACACUCAUUAUUUGCUAAUUUCAUACUACAUUUAAAUGUUGCAAAAUUAUGAUGUAUUAAAUUAUUAGAUAUUUUGCAGUGAGUUUUUUCUGUAAGAAAAAAAGACACAUUUUAUAAUAUAACAUAAUGUGCCAUUAUCACAUAAAACUGCCAAAACAUUCUUAAAAUAUUGCAGGGUCAUCUGUUACCAUAGUAACCUUUUUAUACUGAAUAUGCCAUCAUUUAUUUUAACUUUUUGUUAAAAAAGUUUCACAAAAACAGUAGUGACUUUACUUAACCUGCAUUUGGGGAUAUUUUGGUUUAUUUGUACAUUUUGUAUGAUUUUUUUCUCAUUUUGAGUGCUUCUUUUUCUAAAACAUAGAUAAGAUAUUCAUAUAAAAAGUUUUCUUAUUUUUUGUAAGAAAAAAUUAAAGUCAAAAAUGAUAUGUUUAUUGUUUAUUGAGUGUUUCGUGUUAAGUCAAUAAUAAAACAGAAACUAAUAAUUGACUCAUUUUAACUGUAAUCAAAAUGCUUUCUGUUUGCGUAUUAAAGUUUACUGAAAGAACAGAAAGCAUUUUAUUAACUUUAACAUAAACAUUACGAGACUUGAUUUUUUGUCUCUCACCUGAAUUAUGUUCUAAGACACUCCCAUGUACCUGUUAUUUGUUGGAGAAAUUUCGUUAUGAUACUAAAUUAAGAUUUGUUAUUUGUUAGACUAUUUUGAUACCAUGCAAUAAUUACAUUCCAUUAUUCAAUUAUAUAUGUAUAUUUACUUAUUCAUAAUAUUUAUAUAAAUAAAACAAGAAGAAACGAUCUAUGCAAGCAAUAAA